CCGCCACACCAUCUUUUACGUAUCUACCUCUAGGUUAAGAGCUGUCUGUUACUCGCUUACAUACCUCCCUACCUCCCAGGUACAUACAUACACUCCGUGGUCUCUUCAACGAUGGCAGACCCCGACACCAUCACCGCGCGCAUCCCCGCCUCCUGCCCAGCCUCGAUCUCGCAGAUCCUCUACCACGCCUGGCACCACGACCUCGCCGGCCUCAAGCCCCUUCUCAACGUGCCCGGCCGCGCCAGCGUCCAGGAGCCCACGACGGGGGAAACCCCCCUACACGCCGCGAUCCGCGCCUGCGCCCCUGUGAACCGCAGCACCCUCGACGACGACGAUGCGGAGGUCGUCGAGCGCGCCAAGGCCGUCGUGCACGAGCUCUUCAUGAGCGGCGCCAUCUGGAACGACGUCGACGACCACGACGAGACCCCCGCCUGCAUCGCCGAGCGCCUCGGCCUGAAGGAUCUGUACGCGCUGUGCGUCGGCGCCGGCGUGCGUGCCGAGCUGCUGUUCGGCUUGCUUAACGGGUACGAGCAGCUGGAUUCAGAUGACGAGGACUCGGACGAAGAGGAAGAAAAGGGGCAGGAAGGCAAAGGGGAAGAGAAUAUAGACGCAACGGGAGAAAAGGAGGAGGAGGAAGCCCAAAUCAUAGUAGACUCCGACCCCGACCGCGCCUUCGUCCCGCGCAAGAAGGCUGUCGGCCCCGACGUCAACAGCGCGGACUACCUGCGCUCGAGCCUGACGUACAGCGAUGGGAAGCUAGUCGACUCCUCGCAAAAUGGUGUGAUGAUGGCCUGGGAAACCUCCAUAAUGCGCGCCUCGCUCACCUCUCUCCUCCCCUCCCUCCCCCCCGGCCGCCGAAUCCUGAACAUCGGCUUCGGGAUGGGCAUAAUCGACAGCAUGUUCGCCGGCACGCAGCCCUCCAAGCACCACAUCAUCGAGGCGCACCCCGCCGUCCUAUCGCACAUCGCCACCAGCCCCGAGAGCAGAUUCGGUCCGGAAUGGGAGGCCAGCGGCCCGAGUGCCGGCGCCUUCAAGGUCCACGCCGGCAGGUGGCAGGACGUGGUGCCGCAGCUGCUCGACCAGGGCGAGCUCUACGACGCCAUCUACUUCGACACCUUCGGCGAGGACUACGGCCAGCUGCGCAUGUUCUUCACCGAGUACGUCCCCGCCCUGCUCGAAGAGCAGGGCAGGUUCGGGUUCUUCAAUGGCCUGGGCGCCGACCGCAAGAUCUGCUACGAUGUCUACACCCAGGUGGUCGAGAUGCAUCUCAGCGAUGCCGGGAUGGACGUCGAGUGGCAGGAGCUGGACGUGGACAUGGAGGGCUUACAGAAGGAAGGCGAGGGAGAAUGGCAAGGUGUCAAGAGACGCUACUGGACACUCGAUAAAUAUCGACUUCCGACUUGUACCCUCAUGGGAUAGCUCUGUAAUACCGCAUCUAAAAUCUGGGCGAACUUAUUUUAUUUUUUUUAAUAUCUAUCCUUCUAAGGACGUAUCGCUACUUUUCCGCCGGAUGAGCUAAG